AUGGGUCGAAAUUUGGGCGGGAGGGUUGACCGACUCGCUCUGUUCUCACUCAAUCCAUGUCUCUUGCGCCUAUAUCUCACCUUCUCUCUGUCCGUUGACAUCCCUCGCAAUGAAGGCACUAAUUCUCAUAGGGGGGUAUGGGACGCGUUUGCGUCCCCUAACUUUAAGCAUCCUAAAGCCCCUAGUUGAGUUCUGCAAUCGGCCUAUGCUUGUUCAUCAAAUCGAGGCAUUGGUUGCGGUAACCGUUUUUAUAACUUUUCACGCUGUUCUUCCUAGGUGGGGAUUAACGAAAUUAUUCUCGCAAUCCAUCGUGAGGCCGAGUGCAUAGAGGACGGCAUUCGUUCUUUGUGUGUAUCGGUGAGCCUUUGCUGGUGUUCUUACUCAAACUUCAGGCCUUUCGAGGUCAUAACGUGAGCCUACACUUCUCUUACGAGGAUGAGCAUUUAGGGACAGGUGGUUUCUCUGUUAAUGCACCUAUUAGUCUUAGGUGGACCCCUAGCCCAGGCCGCACCUUGGCUUAAGGAUCUCACAGAGCCCUUUUUCGUUCUAAACAGCGACAUUAUAUGCGAUUACCCGUUUCAGCGUAUGCUUGAUUUCCACAAUUCCCAUGGGAAAGAGGGGACGAUGGCUGUAACAUAGUCAACAGUUAUUCUUCAUCCUAUAGGUAACCAAAGUCGAGGAACCUAGCAGAUUUGGCGCUGUGGUCUACAAUGACCAUUCAGGAGGCGUGCUCCGCUUUGUCGAGAAACCAUUUGACUUUGUCGCCAAUAAGGUCAACGCCGGUCUUUACGUUUUCAACUCCACAGUUCUGAAUAGAAUUGAGGCAUGUUUUGUCUUUCUGAUCCUAUCGUUUUAGUUGCGCCCUACUUCCAUAGAAGUGGAAAUCUUUCCCCGCAUGGUCGAAGAUGGUCAGCUGUACUGCAUUGAGUUCAGUGGUAAAUUUUAGACCUGUUUUUAAAGCCAAUAUCGAACAUCCCUCAUUGUAAAUCAUAGUACAUAUUAGUCCACUCAUGUUAACAGACGUUACCUGCUAACUUCUGCCAUUGACCGUGUUAUAACUAGCAAAACCUUUUUUGCGGGCGCCUUUUGCCCACUCCCUCACUUCAGCUUUUAUUUAACAGGGCUCUAUAAUCUAGGACCUCUUAUUUUAAAACGAUGCUUUUAAGUGAUUGCUGAUGCAAAUGUUUUGUUACUACUAUAGUUCAUGCCACUACAGUCCUUUGGGAAUUUAAUAACACCUAAUGGUGUAUGAAUUCACUCUGACUAUUGCCCAUUGAAGUCAAACGUUUGUGCACUGGCGUGUUUCACUUAACUCUCAUGACGGAAACUAUCUGAAACCCAGACAUCUUUUUCACUUAUUUUCUGCGUCUACUUUGCCCAUGCGCCAGGACUUCGACGGACUUUGGGGCCCGUGGGUCUCGCAGUGGGCCGCAGUAGUUAGAGCGCUUAGGUGAUCUACGUCUGUGGGCAUAAGGUUAAACAAGCUAACCGCAUGGCUACAAUCUCUGUCGUCGCAAGCACCCACUGAUACAGUAUUUUUGGGCGCCUAGCCGGCACUUUAUAGGUGACUCAAAAUGCUUGCUUGACGUGUAUCUGAUGACCGCCCAGCCAUGCAAUCCACGAUUCCGCUAGAGAUGCAAAUUGACGCGCCUUGACAUAACCAAGCAGAAUGAUACUCCCGCCUCCGCAUGGAUAUGCGCCUAAUCGUUCGACUUAUAACCUCCACAGGGACCAUUGGAGAUACAAAUACGCAUUCAAGAUGUCCGAAAAGUCGGUUUAUCUUUAUCUUCGGGCGAAGAGGGGAAGCUCUUGAAAGUUAACCUUGUCUUGUCCACUGGAUGCGUGCACGCAAAAGCAGGGUCCAUAUAGCGCCGUAGUUCACUGGCUGGGUUUCCUUCGAAAUGACAAAGAAAGUUUGCCGGUGGUUUGCGCAUGAAUCAAUUUAUAGUAAUAGCUAACUUGCGGGACAUCUUCCGCACCGUCUCCUCCCUCACGCACCUGAGCCCGGUGGCGAGGCCGAGUCAGAACCUCUAGAGGGGGACUUGGCGCAUCGGCUGACAAAGCUAGACAGCCCAAAUGCGCGUCGCACGCACAACCUGGUACCUGGACCAUGAGCCGGAUGGUCUGAUAAAUAGCUCAUUAUUUUAAAUCUUGGGCUCCUUUGCUCCUGGCAGACUUUCCAGAUAGACUAUUUCCCAGCAAUGUCUUAUAAAACCAAGUUCGUCCUCCAGCAUAUCGGUUGGUUAAGCAGUGAAGUAAGCAUUGUUUGACUAAGUGGAGCAAAAGUGUUGAAAUUUGUGUAUCGUUUGCUCCCUGCUUUUUAGCAGAAUACACUGCCAACUGUUCCACCAGACGUUCUACUAAGUGAAAUGUCGAGGGGAGCAGACGCUCUUCCCAAAAUUAAUGUUAAGGCUUGGAUAUCUAAGUCAAGUUUCCCGUCCGUUAUUGAGAAAAUAGCGUCAACAUAUGGGGUAUAUUGACUUAUCAUCACGAUCGAACAAAGUCUGUCAUUCUCUACGUCUUCCACGAAGGAAUCCCGUAGUACGGCCCAAACGGUAGCACCACCACGGCGUUUGCCGGAUUGUAAAAGACUUUUUGCAACCGGUAUGCCAAAUCGAAAAUCCCGCUUAACAAUCUCGUGACAAAUAUUAUAUCAGUGAAGAAGAAGAUUCGAGCACCGGAACACUUCGUUUAUUGUCCUGAGCCUUCUGACUCGUACAGGAGUCCAUCGUCACUUAUGCAUACACCCGGAACUCGAAAUUUCGCCUUCAUUCGUGAAAUAUUAUAUCGUCUCAUUGAGAGGAUUGAUAGUAAGCGAAUACAAGACACCUGGGGAUACCAUCGUCUUCUCACUGAGAUUUGCAUUUCUUAUGGAAUUGGCGAACACCAAUGUUCCGUAGGCUGCGUACGGCUACUUUGCGUUGGAUUAGCUCGAGUGUCCCGCCUAGCUCGCAUAGGGAGGUCGGGUUUGAAUCAGCUGGCCAACCACGAAGCCUCAGGCACAUUCUAGUGGGCUUGAGAGGUUAUAAUCCUUGCUCACCAAGAAAGUCUUAGUAUUCCCGUCCUCUGAAUCACUUAUCGCCUGCAUAAUUAUCAGGAGUGGACUCGGAAAGUCAAGUCUUGAAGUCUACUCCGUGCUUUUUCGUAUCUUUAGGGACCGUUUUGAUUCUUUUCACACCCAUCUUAGGGUCGAGUGCUCGACUGUAGCCGGCAAUUUCUGACUGCAUCCAAGGUCCUUGUCUGCUAUUUGUAAUGAUGAAACGCUCUAUAUCUGUUCUUAUUGCAGGAUUCUGGAUGGACAUCGGACGACCGGAAGACUUUAUUCAGGGUAUGCGCCUCUACCUCAGUCAUUUGUACGAAUCGAAGCGCCUAACGUCCUCCUGUCCCCAUCACGCCAAGCUUUUGGGCAACGUUCUUAUCGUAAGUUCUCAGUCGUUUUUUUAAGUGUAGUUGGUCGUGGUUUUGGCCCCCACAACCGGCUGAACUGUAGAUGCACUGAAACAAAACGGGGCCAGACUGGCUCACAACACGCUUCGAUCAGGCCGCAUGACGUCCAGACUAACCAAUAAAUAUUGCUGUACACGGGGAUGGCAGUGUUGUGGAUCGCCCAAAUGUAGGCUUGACGCCCCGUCAGGCACUGGUCUCAAUUCCAGCACCAGAUGGUUGACAGACUAGGACAGUCGACUCGUGUAUGGGAGAGGGAAAAGAGGAUAAGGUCGAAACUGAGGAACUAUCCCAAAUAGAGGUCAGUGCUUUCUUCAUUAUAGUAGACCUGAAGCGCUUACAGUCAUAGCCUGAAAAGUUAUCAGCUGACACGAUGACUCCGUAUUGUUAUGAAGUGAAUGGAGGCCCGAAAGUCGGGCUCAAUUGCCCCUUCUUAACAUGGCCUUUAUGACACUAAUUCACUUGGGAUCAGGGCCGCACUCAUUAAAGUUCGGUACAUGUCGUGGCGCGCGUAAGCAGCCAGUUGAACUUUGUCGGCUACCGCUUCUCUCACGAUGCCCUAAGAGCUGUGACUUGGAAGGCUACCAACUGACGGGAUAAUCCAAUACUCGCAGUGAGUACGUGAGGUGACGGAUUCAAAGAUUAGAAGUCAAGCUCACUGAUCUUAAUGUGUCUUCUGUGGCAUUCUCGCGAACGUGAGGCCCAAGUCUUCCCCUCUAUAAGGAUCCGGUACAUUUUGCGGGACCAGAUCGCAUGUGGUACGCGCACACAGGCUGUUUUAUCAUGCCAUUCACUCCACCCGAGCCCACUUCCAGUCGUCUUAACAUUUUCUUGCCAGGUUGGUAGGAGAGGGGAGAGUGCAGUAGAUGCUGUGUAAGUCUGCCGCACCACAGAUUCAUUCGCGCACAAGUCACGGGUGUUGCGUCCACUCCGUAAGGCACUUGAUGAACGUCUUUUUUCGCGGCGGUCAUUGUUAUGGCUGCCUUUCAUGUUUUUUUUUAUCAGAGGUCCUCUGUUUUGUGACCGGGUUGGUGCCUAACUUUUGGGAUAUUGAAACGGUGUCAGACGAACUUUGAUGAUCAAAUAACAUAAUACCCUUGUUUAACUCGUGGAACUCCGUGAAGGCAAAAAUGCUUCAUGAAGUCCUUAUCUCGUAAGUAAGAAGUCUGUGGGUACAAACAAGGACGCCAAUCCCAGGAAACAGUUAAGGAGGAGACGCUUUCACUAGAGCAAGCAUUGCUUUUCUUGUUCUAACGAUCCCAUCUCCCUAACAUCGACAUUUUCUGUGGGCGCGUUAAGAUCUAGAUGACGAAUUCUUUGAGUUCGGAUAUCUGCUUCACGGGGAAGACUGGGAGAAUUGCUUCUCUUCAAAAAUCACUAUACUAGCGAAGUUUGAAGGAAGUCACACUUUGUGACUGCGUCGAAAAUUUGGAUUUCCCUACCUUGUCCAUUUGGUGAAUCGUGUAAGUAGUUCUCAGAAACAUCACAGCAUUCUCCCGUAGGCAGUACCAGUGUUGGUCUGACACUGACAGUCGAAAAUUAAAUGAAAAUUGGCUGACGUCGCUUCGCUUAUUUCCACGGAACAGGAUUUUAUAAGGUUGCUUCAUCAGUUAUCUACUGACGCCUGGCAUGUUAUUGGGGUAAGGGAAAAAAGUGUUUUUUCAGUUUGGACCCAGAGUUCCCUUUUCUCUCCGUAGGUAAAUCUAUGCGCUUUUAGCUUCUCAACGCGCCAAAAUAUGUGGAUUAUAAGGACGCCAACUGAAGAGAUACGGCCAGUCAGAUUGACUUCAUUCUAGUCAACUCAAGGUUCCGCAGCUGGGCUCACGAUGGCAGAUCGAUGCCUGGUAUGGAGACUGGUAAGGCCCAUGGGUCAGACUAUGUCCUCGUUCCUGCACACCUGAAAGUCUGCCUCUCAUCCGUGCCAAAAAUGCCGCGUCCUGGACGCCUCGAUGUCGCAAAAAUCCGGAAAACCAGCACUGGCGAGGCCCCCAGCAGAGAAGUCCGGUUUUGCCGAUACAAGCGAAGAUGCGAGUUCCAGGAACUAGUUGACUAGAAGAAGAAGAAGAAGAAGAAGAAGAAGAAGAAGAAGAAGAAGAAGAAGAGGAAGAGGAAGAAGAAGAGGAAGAGGAAGAGGAAGAAGAAGAGGAAGAAGAAGAAGAAGAAGAAGAGGAAGAAGCGAUCGCGCGUACCGCGCGUCUGUCCGGCUUGUCCUUCUUUAUGGUUGUGAAUGCUGGGCUGUGCGCGUGGAGGACGCGCGAAAACUGGAGGUAUUUGACCACCACUGCUUGAGGACUAUCCUACGAAUGAAGUACAUCGACUUCGUUGUCCGCUCUCGCUGCGACAACAUCGCAAGGAUAACCCAUGUCAUCCAAGAAAGACGACUGAGGUGGUUUGGGCAUGUUCUUCGUCGUCCACCUCAGGAGCUCAGUGUGACUGCCCUCGAUUUGAUACCGUUGCCCCAUUGGAGGCGUCGAAGAGGGGGUCAACUCAAAAGCCGGAUCGAUACCGUUCGUUAGGACUUAGAGGUGGUUCUUGAACCUUUGGUAUGCGGCCUCCAUCACUGCUCUGGAACCCGUCUCUAAUGGUCUUACCUCUCUCUUGCAACUAGGACGUCGUAAAUGUAGGAAGAGGGAGGCAGGUGCUGCACAAGCCAGUCGAGUCCUCCCGCACCACCCCUCGAACUUCGUUUCACAAAGCAUAUAUGCAUUUACCUGGGAUCCCACUCGUUGGUAUAUUUGAUCAUAAGUACAGACCUCUGUCGGAGGGUUUAAAACGUUCUUUUAAAGAACAAGGAACAUCUAGCAAUUUAAAGCUAUAAAAGACAGACACUUCUCCCAAUCAAACACUUUUGAUGACUUUAUUGCUCCACACGAUGCAGCCUGUCUGUUUUUUGCUUUUAGUCUUUUUGGGCUGUUUUCCCUAUUUCACUUCGGGUUUUCACGUCUGCUUUGACUGCUAUAACAUAAUCAACUCUUAAAGUGCAAGGGGUUUCUCUGAAAGAGAAAAGGUCACCUCAUAUAUAGAACGAUCUUGAAGUUCAUUUGUGUUGGCACUGAUGCGCUGUUUAUGAAAUGGGCAUCCCUGCUACUUGUCCUUAAUUCCCCUGUUUAUCAGACAGGCCAUCCAUUCCACUGUGCGGCACCCCAUUGGCCUACCAGGUAAGCGCGGUUGGAUUAACAGGCAGACUCAUUUCCCGGGUGCAUCUGUUCAUGAAUCCCUGACUUAAGAAUCAGAUAACUAUGCGUUUUUUACAUGAACCUUUCCGUUGACCACUUAGCCAUCUAGACGUAUAACCCAACCAAACCUCAUCUUCCUAGACUAUGUUAGACUCCGGUCCAAUUGGUUUUUUUAUCAGCCUACUUGUGAGCGUGGGCCCCAGUGUAUUUCUCAUUCUACCGCUUCGCAGUCCAUUUUUGAUGUAACUGGUCCUUGCGUACUUUUUCAUCCAAUUAACAGGGCACUUGCCCGCGUAAUUUCAUUCUCAUGUACUUCGUUUCACAUGUGCCCGUUGAUAUAGUCACGAGCUCUGAAAAGUAGGAAUUACACUUAAGCACGUUCAAUGAGGCAUGUGUGGCCAUGCCCGAGAGUGUGUGCCUCCGUGUAGCCGUUGUCAUUGCCGAUAGUUUAAUAUGUGCACGGCUUGCAGUCCGUAGGCAUCUGAUUUCUUCCUUGGGGUUUUCGUACGUGAUACGGGUAUUUCCUUCUCAGGCCAACAUUACUCGGUUGUCUGAGAAUCCAGCUAAAUUAUUCGAUUCAGCACCCCAUCACACCGCCACAACCCUUGCUCAUGUCCUUUUUAAUGAAACUUCACUUUUACGAGAGCAGUCAGCAUAUCAGGGAUGUCAGGAAAAAUCGUUGAUUUUCGUACCACUGUCCCUCCCUUUUGUCGUUUUUGCCGCUUACGAAUGUUAACCUGCGUUUUCCUUUUACCCAGCAUCCAAGUGCCAAGAUUGGUGAAAAUUGCCGCCUCGGUCCGAACGUGACGAUCGGUUCCGGAGUGAUAAUCGAAAAUGGCGUUAGAAUACGGAAUUCGGCCAUUCUCAACGACGCCGUGGUUCGUUCGCAUGCUUGGAUCGAUCAUUGCAUCGUCGGUUGGCGCUCUGUCGUUGGUAGAUGGGUAAAUGACGCCAUUCGAAAUGCCAUGUGGUUUCGUUCUUAUGUCCACUAGCGUCGCAUUCUUACAUAGAUCAUAAAGCAGAACAUUGCCUUUGCUUUCCCGUUUUUAGUUUUACCUUUUAUAAAAGCACCUUUCUGAGAGGCUCGAUGAUUAUUUCAUAAUAUUACCACAAACAUAACGCAAGUGUUGCAUUAUCUCUUACUGGCCGUUUUAACGCACUCCUCAAAACCGUGUUGGCUGCUGGUGGAGCCCCGUUACGGCAUUCCUGAAUAAGCCCUAUUCCUCAUUUAUGCAGUGCAUUUAAGCGCCACGAAGUUUCAGUAAGGAAAUUCAGUUAGUAAUGUCCUUAUGAUGACAGUCGAUCGUUCCACUAGAUCAGACUUUGUGAACAUAAAGCUGUUAGGGCGAACGAACUUCAUGAGCGGCUUGAAACGUGAUAACAUUCACGCUCAUAUAAGCGCGUGGACUGAUAUAUACCCACUAUCCACCCAAGUCCCAAGUAUUGAGUCCCAGUUGACGACUGAAAUUGCUGUGUUUACUGACAAGAAUGUAGUGCGUCAUUUGAAUUGCAGGGCGAUGGGUGAUUCUUUUGGGUGUCGGGACCCAUUAGCUUCAACAAACUAAAGGUACUUUGCCCUUUCAAAUCAAUUAACAAUGGUAAUCUUCCCCUGACCUGACCGGUGUCAUACAUCACUUUAACAGAGGUGUUAGACAACGCCCCAUCCUGUUAUUCUGUUUUCUCUCAUGCCGGUCUCAGACAUCCGGACUUCUUUUAAACAGGUAUUGUCAAUACCGUAAGUAGAGAAGGUGCGCUAUCCCAAGUUGUUGUGUACCAGGGUAUGCAAGAGUGCACAUCGAUAUCCGCGCUUUGCCGAAACAUGCCAAUUUGCACAGGAGGUUUGGCCGACUGGUAGGGGUCUGGGUGCGUUAGCCUCCGCUAGCGCCGUAACACUAGUCUGGUUCGGGAAAGACCCCCAGCCCCACUCGGGAAUCUAUUGGUUAGCAAAUCAGUGACAGCAGAUGAAUCCCUUUUAGAUGUCCGGCGGUAUUUGCCAUAAUAUACCGUCUUGACUCAAAUUUGGACGAUCGACGUCCAGUCGUCUCCGAGGGUAUUUUUUCCAUGUUUUUUGCCAUUAUGUAUUUUUUUAGAGCAUGGAGCUUGUUUAUUGA